AUGUGUUAUAGUACUGCUCAGAUGAUUAGACUUAUGUACUUAAACACUGAACAACUAUUCUUCGUUUUAUAUUAUAAGAAGAAGAAGAAGAAGAUUAAACUCGCAGCACGUAAUAAAAUAACGUGUCAUAAAGAUAUUAAUCUACCCUGCGCACUUGUUGAAGACACAGAUCUUUCUGAUAUUUUGGAUAAUAUUCCUUCAGUAAGACCCAAUAAUUUGGAGGAUAAUGCACAAACUGUUAGUUCAUUAAUCGAUAAUAUUCGCCAAGUGAAACGUACUUCAGAAUUGAAAAUGGAUUUAACUAUCAAUGAAGAAAAAGAUGAAGAUGAUGAAAUAAGUCAAGCCAUUACACAAAUUCACCAGCAGUCUGAAAAACUUUUUAAAAGAAUUAAAGAUGUUCAAGUUGGUUUUAAUGAAUGUAUAAGUUCAACAGACAGUCCAGAAAACCGAGAGUAUUUAAAAGAACAUUUAAAAAUAGUAGAAAAAACUUGUGAAUUUGAUAGAGGUAUAGAAUCAGUGUUUCGUUGCAACAAAGAUACAUUAGAAAAACAUAUUGACAAAAGCUUGAAAAUUGAAAAUAUUGAAGAAUUUAAAAAUGCAUACAAUGAAUUGGCCAAAGGGAUAUUAUCUACUAUUUAUGACUCUGGUGCGAAAACAUUUAAAAAUCAUGAACAUUUAUUAGCUAUUAAACAAUAUAAUAAAUGUACUCGAGGAGGAUUAGUUGAAGAAGAUUUGGUAAUUAGAACGUUAGAUCCAUUUACAAAACAACCAAUCACCAAACCAGUACGGAACAAAAUUUGCACUCAUAUAUAUGAUCAAGAAUCAGUCAAUAAAAUGUUCCAAAAUAAACAGUUUAUAUCAUGUCCAUACAUGGGAUGUUCAAACAAACAUUUUACAAAAGCUAAUCUAGAUCUUUCCAUGAUAAGUGAUUAAUUUGUGUUAUUAUUUUUAACUAAUGGAUUUAAAAAAA